GCAGAGCUGCGGCUGGACGGCACAACUCCUGGCACACAUGGAGACGCACGAUAAAACCCUUCUUUUCUACACGGGAGAUUCUUUAUUAUUCCAUCUAAGUGAGCUUCAUUCACCUUGGUGAGCAGGAUGUAGAUCCCAGCCCUCGGAUUCUGCUAAAUGGGUGUCCUUCCAUGCGCGCGUAUCCAUGUCGUCAGAUUCGUAAAUUGGCCGCGGCGCCGCGCGUUUUUCCGUGGACUCUCCAUCCUCUUAGUGAGGGAGUGAGGGUGAACUCCAUGCCCACAUCCAACCACCACGGGAUUUAUGCACAUGCAAAGUGCUCACAGUCGGGAUGGAUUCCCUUAACGCGAGCGGGAUGGACGCGUUCACGGUGAUCCAUCUGAAUUCCUCCUCCUGGAGCCUGGACAGUGGAUAUUCUCUGGCAGCGAUCGCCGGCAUCGCAGCCCUUGUAAGUUUCCUCAUCCUCUUCACCGUGGUUGGGAAUAUCCUUGUGGUUAUUGCCGUGUUGACGAGCAGGGCACUGAAAGCCCCACAGAACCUCUUUCUGGUGUCACUGGCCACCGCGGACAUCCUGGUCGCCACGCUGGUGAUGCCCUUCUCUCUGGCCAACGAGCUCAUGGGCUACUGGUAUUUUGGAAAAGUUUGGUGCGGUAUUUAUUUGGCUCUGGAUGUUUUGUUCUGCACAUCGUCUAUUGUGCAUCUGUGCGCGAUAAGCCUGGAUCGGUACUGGUCCGUUACGCAGGCGGUCGAGUACAACCUGAAGCGGACUCCUAAACGCGUCAAGGGCAUCAUCUUGAUCGUGUGGCUCAUAUCUGCGAUCAUCUCAUCUCCACCUCUGAUUUCUAUAGACAGCCACAGCGAUCUCAGCUCCCUGCCUCAGUGCGAGCUGAACGAUGACACCUGGUACAUCAUCUCCUCCAGCAUCGCGUCCUUCUUUGCGCCAUGCGUAAUCAUGGUCCUGGUCUACAUCAGGAUAUACCAGGUGGCCAAAACCAGAACCAGGGCCAUGUCGGGAAAAGAUCCCAGGCCAGAUAGGGCCAAACAGACUGAGAAUGGGCUGAGCAAAGCCACCUCCCCUUUCAAUGGCGAGAAGGAGAACGGCCACUGUCAGUGCCCGCCUACGCCCAGCCAGCCCACCGUCACCGUGGGCGCACAGACCGAGGAUGCUGACAUGGAGGAGAGCAGCUCCUCAGAGGGCAAAGGUCACAAGCCCCAGCCCCAGCACCAGGACUCCGAGAGAGCUAAGAGCCCCAGCCAAAAGAAGAGCUCCCUCACCAAACAGCCCUCUCGCAUCGCCAGAGUUAGUAACAAAUCCAUGGACCUCUUUGCCUCCAGGAGGAAACGACGCCGGUGCUCCUUCGCCAUGAAGAAGGUCUCCCAGGCCAGGGAGAAGAGGUUCACAUUCGUCCUGGCUGUGGUCAUGGGGGUGUUCGUGGUGUGCUGGUUCCCCUUUUUCUUCAGCUACAGCCUGUACGGAGUGUGCAGGGACUCCUGCAAGAUCCCCGACCCGCUGUUUAAGUUCUUCUUCUGGAUUGGCUACUGUAACAGCUCCCUGAACCCUGCCAUCUACACCAUCUUCAACCGGGACUUCAGGCGAGCCUUCCAGAAAAUCCUCUGCAAGACGUGGAAAAAGUCCUUUUAG